UAUGAGUUUGACUCAAGUGGUGUGAAAGCGGCGGCCGCCAAGGAUCGGAUGCGGAAGUGAAAUGGCUAAGUUCGAUUCCUUAUCGAGAAGUGUGUUUUUGAAUCUAUUGGUUUGUCUAUGUGCAACGACCGUUCACUCCAACACCCGCGUAAAACGCUACCUCACUUACCCACCCAACUCAGCUAUCGUGUUGACCAUGUCUUUGCUGAAGAUCAUGCCUCUUGGCCACGGUGCCAACUCGAUGACUGAGUUCGAUCUCAUUCACCCUUUACCAGAUGGAACAAAACAAGCAGUACCGAGUCGUAACAAGCACAAAAGAGAACGGAGGGACCUUCUCCAGCAGCUGGAAACAAUUCUUGAAGAGCAGGAGUUUGGCGGGCGAUCGUGCAUACAAAAAGCUAUUUGUGAGGCUGGUCGUUUGACAGUUGAUGCUAACGAAGAUAAUCUUGUCAAAGAGUUAUUCCAGCUGGUUUUCAAGCCUCUGGAGAACGGACCAUACGUGUGUCGAGAAUCGCUGGGACAAAACUGCCCCUUUUCGCCAUUGAAUACCGUUCUGGCGUGGACUGAACACUUUCGGCAGCAAAAUUCACAAAUUACGGACAAUUUCCAGUGAUAAUAAUUAUUUUUGGAGAUACGCACUGGACUGAACUAGGCAAAACAAGAAAUCAGGCCACAUUUGGAAGCAACAUUUCACAAUGAGAGCUAGUAUUUAUGGCUCAUUUUAGAAACAACAUAUCUAAGGUGGAACUGCAAAACCACGUGAAUUGGUGUUUUAAAAUCUCCACGCUUCCCAUUUUUUUUCUUUGAGGACAACAUAGGAACUUACACUUAAAGUUCUCACAGAAUUUUCUUUGCACAGAGAAGAAAAAAUCGCUGUAGUUAUUAAAGCAUUCACGUCGAGUAGUUUUUCAUUUGAUAAAUUACUUAUUAUAGGAAGUCUACAACGUCGGAAACCGACGUGCGUGGUUUGGGAGUUUCACAGUCGAUAUGUGGUAUUAGUGUUCCUACGCAUAUUGGUAUUUUUACUAGUGAGCCAGAGAUGGACGUAUUUCUGCCAAACGGAACUAUGUGCAUUAUGACGUGAGCCCUGGUAUGCAUGCAUAUAUUCUUAUGGGUCUUAGGGCUCAUGUCUUAAUGCACCUAGUUCCGUUUGGCAGAAAUACAUCCAAAUAGUCCCUCAUUCCAAAAUGCGGUCCGUUUUGGGAAAAACUAAGUUGACAAUAUUAGGUUGUAAAUUUCCGAACAUAUUAGGAAAAUUCAACGUCGAGAAAAAAAAUGUCAAUUGGAAAAUAGGUGUUGAACUUCACUUGGUGAAGCUUUAAAGAGGAGUAAGAUUUCAAACCUAUUUUUUGGGGUUCCAUAUUGUUGUGAUAUGAUUUCUUUCUAAUAAACUUGAUCAUGAUGCA